AUGUUGAGAAUUCUCAGAAGAGCUCAGCUGAAGACGUGGAUAAUGAAACCUGCAUCAGCAGCUCUAGUUGCUGGCAAAAACCUGACUCAGCAGAGCGGACUACCCAGUCAGCCUGUCCCCCCUCUGAAGCAGACCUGUGAGCUCUACCUCAGCAUCGUGGAGCCCAUUGUGGGGGCAGAAGAGCUGAAGCACACAAAGAAGCUGGUGGGGGAGUUUCUGAAAGCAGGAGGGGUUGGAGAAAAACUGCAGAGAAGUCUUGAGAGGAAAGCAUGCAACACUGAGAACUGGUUCACAGACAUUUAUGUGAAGAAUAUCUACCUCAAUGACCGGAAACCUGUGGUAAUUUAUGCAAACGUUGCAUCUAUUAUUCCCCAAACUUACUUGGAUGGGGAUAAGCAGGGACAAAUAAGGCGUGCUGCUGAAGUAAUAGUGGCUCUACUGGAUGCAAAGAUGCUGAUUGACAAUGAGACACUACCAGCUGAGUAUAUGGGAGGGAAGCCACUGUGUAUGAAGCAGUACGAGCAGGUGCUAUCAUCUUGCCGCAUCCCAGGUCUGAAGACGGACACACUGGUGUUCCACAGCAAGGGCCCCAACCCCCCCAAACACAUCUCUGUGAUACACAACUGUCAGUUCUUCAUGCUGGAUGUGUACAACAGUGAUGGGACUCUGCUGACAGCUGAUCAACUCUGUGUUCAGCUGGAGAAGAUCUGCAACGCCUCACUGCAGACCAACAUGGAGCCUGUUGGCAUCCUCACCACCCAGUAUCGCGACAUCUGGAGCAAAACCUAUGCUGGCCUCAUCAAGGAUAAGACCAACAAAGAAUCAUUGUCAGCUAUUGAAAGGAGCAUCUUCACAGUGUGUUUGGACAAAGUGAUGCCCCCAGUGUCUGAUGAGAUGAAUCACACCAGUACUAUUCUCCAGAUGCUCCAUGGGGGAGGCAGCCAGUACAACAGUGGAAACCGCUGGUUCGACAAGGGGAUGCAGAUAAUUAUUGGAGAAGAUGGGACAUAUGGUACCAACAUCUCACACGCUGGUGCUGAUGGUACAACCUUAAAUCGAUUGGUUGAACAUACUAUAGAGUACAUGAGAAAGCCACAGACAAUGCAGUCUGCCAUGGAGCCUUUGCCCAUGCCCCAGAAACUACACUUCAACAUCACACCUGACAUCAAGAUGGACAUUGAGGAGGCGAAGCAGCACAUUGACAAACUAACCCAAGACCUGGAUCUGAGUGCUUCAGUAUUUGAAUACUUUGGAAAAAAUGUCAUAAAGGCCUUCAAGAUGAGCCCUGAUGCUUUUGUACAGGUGGCUCUACAGCUGACCUACUACAGGAUGUACCAGCAAUGCUGUGGGGUAAUUGAACCUGCCUCUCUGCGCAUGUUCAGACAUGGCCGUAUAGAUACAAUCCAUUCAAGCUCAAGUGCUUCAGUUGCCUUUGUCAAAGCCUUUGAUGACCCCAAGAAACAGAACUCAGAGAAACUUGAUUUAUUGGACAAAGCUAUAAAAGCACAUAUAUGGUACAUUAACAUGGCAAUCAGUGGCCAGGCUGUACAAGGACAUUUUAUGGGUCUUCAGAACCAGGCUGUUGAGGAAAAAAUCCCCAUGCCUGAAAUCUUCACAGACACCUCCUUUACUAAAGUCUUUAACUUCCAAAUCUCAACAAGUCAGGUAAGGACCAAGUUUGAAACUGCAAAAAAAUUAUGA